CAGUAUAUAUACGCCUGUGCUCACCAAGAUUAUGUCACAACCAUCCGGCCUGCAGAAGUCUCUAGAGCAGUUUACUCAUCACCUCACACCAAGUCAACAUGAAUCUUCUGGUUACCUGUCUCCUCGCCAUCGUGGUCACCUCUCAUGCAUACGUCCUUGUUGGACCUUCAGGUGCCGUCUCCGCCACAGGAAAGAACCGCCAGUUCUCUGCUGAUGAAGCUGGCGGUCCGCGAGACAUAGUUGGCGCUUCGGGUAUCGUCAAACCUUCAGGGGUGAACAUUCAGUUCACCCGAGAAGAAGCCGAGAACUACAACAAUAUUGUGGUGGGACCCUCCGGGAUCGUCACCAGAGAUGGCCAAAACAUCCAGUUCACUGCCGAACAGGUUGGCCGCCAGAAGCGUGACCUAGUGGGACCCUCUGGUAUCGUCAGAAAAGAUGGCAGAAAUGUUCAGUUCACCCAGGAAGAAGCCGAUAACUAUUUCAAUGUUGUGAAGGGACCCUCCGGUAUCGUCCGAAAAGACGGCAACAACAUUCAGUUCACCGCUGAACAGGCUGCCCGCCAGAAGCGUGCCCUAUUUGGUCCCUCUGGCGCUAUCUUGGAUGAUGGCACUCAAGUCCAGUUCAGCAAGGCAGGUGUCACAGUCCUACUGGAGGGACCCUCUGGCUACGUCUUCAGUGACGGCACCCUCGUCCAGAAGAAGAGCUAGGAGGCAAGACUCAGACUACCUGACCCAAAACUGUCAACGACUCGAGUCUGUAUAUACAGUAGGCCCAAGGUUAUUAUUAAUGAUAUGUAUUGGUUGUACUAUAAACAGACAUUUACAAAAUAAAGAAUAUGCAAAUGCAAUGAACAAC